AUGGCCUACACCAUCCUACACCGCGUCCCGCGCAAAUUGGCCGUUGGAGCUCCCGAGCUGCUGUUCCCUCGGGAAGAGUACGCCCUGGUGGAGGGCCCUGUUCGGUUCCCCUGCACCUACCGGCUGCUGGAAGGACAAAGUGCCUACGACCGAGAACGCCAACCAGCCUGGUGCGACCGCGUGCUCCACUCCAGAGUGAGUGUGGUGAGGAAAAGCUGCUCGGACUCGGCCCCUGACCGCUACUGCGCUCUGGGACAUCUGAAGCAGACGGACCAUCGUCCCGUUUGUGCAGCCUCACUGCAUUUCAUCCUUGUGAUGCUCGAACUGCUCCUGCUAGCUUUGCCACGGCCCAGCGCGAGCCCGACAGGGACCGAUGUUACAGCUGGGGCUGCUCCCUCCGCCGGUGCCUCCCCUGGGCCUUUCGGCGUCAGCCACGCGGAGCCGCGGGAGGACCUGCUGGAUCUCGGAGAGCCUAAUGUUGCGCCAUCGCCAAGCACGCCCAUCACACCCAUGCAGAUUCCGCAGACACUGCAGACAGGACAGCUGGUUUUGGCAAAGUUCCAGACUGGCUGGUUUUUCGCCAACGUGACACGCUGCUCGGCAAACUGUCAGGUUGCCUUCCGGGUUGCUGUUGGGAGUAGUGCUUUGCAGUGCCUUGCGGUGCUUUGCAGAACUUCUGGCAGCGCCCUGCAGUGCCUUCCCGAAGAGGCGGAGAUGUGCCGCUACAUGUGCUCCACUGGGGCCGAUGAGACGCUGCACGGCGAACGCUUGCACGUGGCGACGCACAUCAGGCUCCCUGACGAGCUACCGAGCCCGAAUGGAGUGGAUGGCAUUCAGCCUGACGUCAAGAUUCGCGACUUGAAGUCCACAGGUGCCCAGAAGAUUUUUCAGGACAAGCUCGCAGCACCACUCAUUGAAGCGAUUGGCGAGUACUUCGAGCUACCCCCGAAGAACGUGGUGGUUGACGAUGCCUUCAUUGUCAGGUACGCAACAGACUCACAAAGGGGCCUGUCGUUACAUCGUGAUGGAUCCAUUGUCAGUGCAAUCAUCACCCUCUCCGACGAGAAUGAUUACGUCGGAGGCGGCACGGAGUUUCUGGACGGCAGCGUGUAUCGACCAUCACAAGGAGGCGGCAUCCUUUUCGGAGGGCAACGUCUACAUGGCGGAGUCGAGAUCGAGCGCGGUGCUCGUUACAUCUGCACGGUCUUCUUCAAGUGUGGUGGGCUCAGCUGCCGAGACAUGGCCGUAAAGAAGGACAAGGAAGAGGAGACCCAAGCUUUGCGCGUGGCCAUGUUGCAGACAGCACACCUGAGUUGCAAAGCCUGCGAAGCGGGCAGCUUCACUCCACCGGUCAGCCCAUCCCAGCGUAACUCCGAGGGCAACUGGGAACCGGGCACGACACCGCCUUCGCCGCGCUCUGACAAGCAAGCCUUCCUGGACGUCUCAGAGCCUCGUGCAGAGACUCCGCGAUCUGAGCCGGAGCAACGUGGUCCAAGCGAAGGCGGCGGUCUUAAGCUGCCCAAGCCAUCCAAAAGCAAGACGCCACCCAAAGAGCGGGGUGCCCAUGGAAAGCAGAGCGAUCCGUCAGCCAGCAGAUUCUUUGGAGAGGUUCCGGCUGCAGCAGGAACGUUGCCAGAGAAGCAAGCAACAGCAGCAUCAGCUGCAGCAGGCUCGACACUACCUUCGCCGCGCUCUGACAAGCAAGCCUUCCUGGACGUCUUAGAGCCUCGUGCAGAGACUCCGCGAUCUGAGCCGGAGCAACGUGGUCCAAGCGAAGGCGGCGGUCUUAAGCUGCCCAAGCCAUCCAAAAGCCAGACGCCACCCAAAGAGCGGGGUGCCCAUGGAAAGCAGAGCGAUGCGUCAGCCAACAGAUUCUUUGGAGAGGUUCCGGCUGCAACGGGAACGUUGCCAGAGAAGCAAGCAACAGCAGCAUCAGUUGCAGCAGUCUCGACACCGCCUUCGCCGGGCUCUGACAAGCAAGCCUUCCUGGACGCCUCAGAGCCUCGUGCAGAAACUCCGCGAUCUGAGCCGGAGCAACGUGGUCCAAGCGAAGGCGGCGGUCUUAAGCUGCCCAAGCCAUCCAAAAGCAAGACACCACCCAAAGAGCGGGGUGCCCAUGGAAAGCAGAGCGAUCCGUCAGCCAGCAGAUUCUUUGGAGUUCCGGCUGCAGCGGGAACGUUGCCAGAGAAGCAAGCAACAGCAGCAUCAGCUGCAGCAGGCACGACACCGCCUUCGCCGCGCUCUGACAAGCAAGCCUUCCUGGACGUCUCAGAGCCUCGUGCAGAGACUCCGCGAUCUGAGCCGGAGCAACGUGGUCCAAGCGAAGGCGGCGGUCUUAAGCUGCCCAAGCCAUCCAAAAGCAAGACGCCACCCAAAGAGCGGGGUGCCCAUGGAAAGCAGAGCGAUCCGUCAGCCAGCAGAUUCUUUGGAGAGGUUCCGGCUGCAGCGGGAACGUUGCCAGAGAAGCAAGCAACAGCAGCAUCAGCUGCAGCAGGCUCGACACCGCCUUCGCCGCGCUCUGACAAGCAAGCCUUCCUGGACGUCUUGGAGCCUCGUGCAGAGACUCCGCGAUCUGAGCCGGAGCAACGUGGUCCAAGCGAAGGCGGCGGUCUUAAGCUGCCCAAGCCAUCCAAAAGCCAGACGCCACCCAAAGAGCGGGGUGCCCAUGGAAAGCAGAGCGAUGCGUCAGCCAACAGAUUCUUUGGAGAGGUUCCGGCUGCAGCGGGAACGUUGCCAGAGAAGCAAGCAACAGCAGCAUCAGCUGCAGCAGGCUCGAUACCGCCUUCGCCGCGCUCUGACAAGCAAGCCUUCCUGGACGCCUCAGAGCCUCGUGCAGAAACUCCGCGAUCUGAGCCGGAGCAACGUGGUCCAAGCGAAGGCGGCGGUCUUAAGCUGCCCAAGCCAUCCAAAAGCCAGACGCCACCCAAAGAGCGGGGUGCCCAUGGAAAGCAGAGCGAUGCGUCAGCCAACAGAUUCUUUGGAGAGGUUCCGGCUGCAGCGGGAACGUUGCCAGAGAAGCAAGCAACAGCAGCAUCAGCUGCAGCAGGCUCGACACCGCCUUCGCCGCGCUCUGACAAGCAAGCCUUCCUGGACGCCUCAGAGCCUCGUGCAGAAACUCCGCGAUCUGAGCCGGAGCAACGUGGUCCAAGCGAAGGCGGCGGUCUUAAGCUGCCCAAGCCAUCCAAAAGCAAGACACCACCCAAAGAACGGGCACAUGGCCAUGGAAAACAGGGCGAUGCAUCAGCCAGCAGAUUCUUCGGACAGGUUUCCCCUCCAGAGGGAACGGAGAAACAGGCAGCGCCAGUGUUGGCUGAGGACGGCACAACGCCACAAAGUUUUGCAGAAGAGCAGCAGCCUGUCGAGCGAGGUGGCUUCACGGGCGGUAGUAUCGUCGUCGGAAAGGUUCCAAGCAAUGCGGAGAAGGAAGCAGAUUUGCAAGCAGCAUUGUCAACACCUAGCCCAAGCAAGUUGGCCUUUCAGGCUUUGUCGCAUUCCGCAACGGAAGGCGGUGCCAGCGACACACAGCCAAGUCAAUCAGCCGGUUCUCCUGAAGAGCAGCCACCCGUGCAUGGCGACAAGGUAGAUUUGAUGGCCAGCACAUUGGUCGGAGAAGUUCCGAACAGCAAUGGAAACGAAGUGGAACAGCCAGCAGCUUCGUCUAGCCCAAGCAAGUUGGCCUUUCAGGCAUUGUUGCAUCCCGGAACAGAAGGCGGUGCUAGUUCGAGUCUGCCCAGUCAAUCAGCCGGUUCUCCUGAAGAGCAGCCGCCCGUGCAUGACGAAAAGGCUGAUUUGACGGCCAGCACACUGGUCGAAGAACAGCCAGCAGCUUCGUCAACACCUAGCCCAAGCAAGUUGGCAGGCGGUGCCACUGUCAGACAGCCCAGUCAAUCAGCCGGUUCUCCUGAAGAGCAGGCGCCCGUGCAGGGCGAAAAGUUUGAUUUGAUGGCCAGCACAUUGGUCGGAGAAGUUCCAAGCAACGAGGAGAGGCAAGCAGAACAGCCAGCAGCUUCGUCAACACCCAGCAAGUUGGCUCUUCAGGAGUUGCCACAUCUCGGCACGGAAAGCUUGCCCGUUCCAUUGCAGGACCAGGCGGUAGGCACGGCAGUCCAUUUGGCCAGAUCAGAUGCGCAUGUGGCCACGCAUGCCAGCAAAGCACGUGCUGCUCAAGUGAUCCAGGCCAUGUAUCGCGGCUGGCAGGUUCGACGACAGAUGUCGCAGCGGAAGCCCAGAGCAAACCUGGAGCGGCGAGCGCGUGGAGAGCGUGCUACUCCGGCCCUCACGCUGGAUUCCAUAAGUGUGGCUCGUCUCCAUGCCAAUCGACUUCAUCAAAAGGCAUCACCAACCAAGCGCGUGCGCGAGCGUGACUUCGCAAGAGCUGCUCAGGGUGCCCCAUCUCCGACGGUGGGGUCUGAUGCCUCAGCCCCAGCUCAAUCCGGCACUGCGACCGCUGCCUUCGCUGAUCCCUUCGCCCGUGACGCUGACCCGAGCCACCAGAAUGAGCCAGAUAUUUCCGGGAUGGUGAGGGCAGUGGCUCGUCUCCAAGCAGCAUACAGGGCCUACAGGGCAAGAAAAGAGAGGCGGGCCAAGAAUGCACGAGCAGAACGAGCAGAGCCACGAGCAGGGCAUGCAAUGGACGUGGGAAUCGCUGAGGCUGCUCGCUUGCGUGUAAAGGCUCAGAAGCUCCACAGCCAGGCCACGUCACUACGAAGCGAACAGGUUCAGCUUUUCCUGGCCAGCACGCCGGCGGGGGAGGAGAGAAGUGAGGAGAGGAGUGAGGCAGUGACUUCAGCUGCACAUCAGAUCCGAGGUUCCUGCCGUGGCUGGCUGGCAAGACACGAGCUCCUUGCUUUGAGGCACCGGGUAGCUGUCGCCAAGCUCCAGGGGCUGGUUGGCAUGCGAGCGCAGAACGCCUGGGAGAUCCUGAAGCAGCAGAGGCAGCAGCCACAGCAGGGAGAGCAUGAGAAGGCCGAGAAGGCCGAGAAGCCGGAGCUGCAGAUCGCUGCAGUCGCCAGCCUUCGGGUGAGGGCCGUCCGCAUCCACAAGCUGCACGAGGACUCACCAAGCAGCCCCUCACACUCCCCGCGCUCCCCGCGCUCCCCGAGUCCUGUCGCAUUCUUCUCGGAAGAUCCAGACUCGGGGCCAGCGACGGAGAUGACAGGCAAGUCGGCCAGAGAUUUUUCGGAAGAGGACCGCUAUAGAGCCGCGUGCAGGAUCCAGGCAAGACAGCGAGGCCGCGUGGCACGCCGAGAGGUUGCUGAAAAGCAGAAAACCAUGAAAGCACUCGCAAACAGAAAGAUGGACAUCGGUGCAAUCGGCAUGCUACGGGUGAAGGUGCACAAUCUUCACAACAGGCUGCCAGCAACAAGUGGCAAGGCAGUGAAUGACGGCACCUUCUUUGGCAUGUUUGCAGACGCUGCACCGCCAAGCGCAGCUGUUGAAGAAAAGGCAGCCAUCAGGAUUCAAGCCUGCUACCGAGGCCAGCAGGGACGCAGACUUGCGGCAGAGCGUGCCACAAGUGCCAUGGGCGUUGUUGGCACGCAGGCCCCGGAUGCACUGGAGAAUGUUCGUCGCUCGUUAGUAGCCGCGGGCUUUGCAGUGGUUGGGGAAGCCAAUGCAGAGAUUGGGCGUUUGCUUCAUCGGGCCAGCUUGGGUUUGGAGGAGGCUGCCGCCAUGGGCGAUCGCGUUGCACAGAGGGCAUCCAUUGCGCUGGGUGAGACGUUGCUGCACAUGGUUGUGGACACCAGCUCUCCCCCAGCCACACCUAUAGAUGGGGAAUCACCCUCAGCACACGAGGCUGUGGAGGUGGAGGCCUCCCCAAAAAAAGAGAUACUGGAGGUCGGCAGGUCAAUGGAUAAGGCUUGCAAGCGUGUGGAGGCGUGGCUGCAGAAACGGCGCAGACAGGAGCGUCCGACAAGAGCACCAGCUUUGUCCAUCGGCGUGUCACCGUUGGUGCAGAGGAGGCGCGAGCUCAAGAGCGAUCUGAGUCGCGACGACAGAGACAGCCGUCUUGGUGGGAGCGACGCUCCAGCGCACGAUGCUGAUCCUUCAAAUCUGUUGGCCACGCUGGCUGCAGUGUCCAUCAGGAAGGUGGUCGAGGAGACAGACAAAAAGUUGGAGGCUGUACAGUUGACCUCGGUUUUUGCUCCGGGCAGCCAGUGCUCAACUUGCGGGCGCAGUGACUUCCAGGGCUUUCCAUCGGUAAGUUCGGAGAUCGAGUUUAGCAUUUGGGCCAUAUGCCCACUGUGUCAGCAGCAGCUUGGUAUGGAACGAGGGCCUCUAGCAGAGCCGCGAGAUUACGUGUUGGUUGAGGCCGGCCAGCACUUCGAAGCCCUGUCACCCUUUCAUGCCGUGCCCGUCGCCUACCCGGAGGGAGAGGAUCGACUUGUGUGGGCUUCGCCCUACCACCUCUUCAUGGCCCAGCACUUCCUCGACCCACGCUGCCGCAAGGCUGUGCACUGUCUUAAGCCCUCUCCGGCGAUUCUGCGGUCUUCUCUUUCGGAGGAUCCACUGCGAACAGCUGUCAGAGAGGAUUGGUAUCUUGGCUGGGCAGUCAAAGCGAUGCGCCAUAGCAUCUUCCUCGCAAUAGACCAACACCCGUCCCUUGCAGCUGUGCUGUUGAGGACGGGCCAAGCUCGCAUCUUCUUCGGAGAAGGGCGUUUCUGGGGAGCUGUGCAAGAAAACGGCGACUUCGUUGGUGAGAACUUGGUCGGCAAGAUUCUUGAAGAAAAACGAGCGCUUCUCCAAAGCUAG